GCAAAGAGUUUCUACCUGCCCCGCCUCUCCCUCUCUCCCUCCACCUCCAGCAUCACACACACACGCACACACACACACGCACACGCUCGCGCGCACACCGAGGCAAAGCAGCAGUCAGACAGAAGCAUGGGCACCGCAGGACGCGUCUGCUCGGCGCUGCUGGUCGUGGUCCUGCUGGGCCUCCACCACUCCGCGGGGUUCUGGAUCGUCAACGUCGUCUUCCCGCCACACACCAAGUCCAGGGUGACGAGCAACAGCACUCCUCCGCUCAUUAUCGUCCCUGGGAACUUGGGGAACCGCCUGGAAGCGAAGCUGGACAAGCCGACGCUGGUCAACUGGAUGUGCUACAAGAAAACCGAUUACUGGUUCCCGCUGUGGAUUGACCUCAACAUGUUCAUGCCUGUCGGUGUAGACUGCUGGAUCGAUAACAUGAGACUCGUUUACAACAGGACGACUCGUCGUUCAUCCAACUCGCCCGGGGUCCAGGUGCGGGUGCCAGGAUUCGGGCAGACGUAUCCCAUUGAGUUCCUGGACUCUAACAAACUGGCUGGUUAUUUUGCCACGAUGGUGCAACGUUUGGUCAGCGUGGGCUACACCCGCAACGAGACGGUCCGAGGAGCUCCGUACGAUUGGAGGUUAGCUCCUAACGAGAAUGCCGAGUAUUUCACGAAGCUGCAGGACCUGGUGGAGGAGAUGUACGAGCAGUACCAGAAGCCCGUCUACCUGCUGGCACACAGCAUGGGCUGCCACUACGUCCUCUACUUCCUCAACCACCAGCCCCAGGCCUGGAAGGACAAGUACAUCGCGGGCAUGAUUUCCCUGGCGGCUCCAUGGGGGGGCGCUGUUAAGCCGCUGAGAGUCUUGUCGUCAGGGCAAAACGACGGCAUCCCGAUGAUCUCCAACAUCAAGAUCCGCGAGGAGCAGCGGAUGGCCACGACUAAUCCCUGGAUGCUGCCCUCUGACUCAGUCUGGCCAAAGGACCACGUGUUCAUCUCCACGCCGACCUUCAACUACACCAACCAGGACUACGAGCGCCUCUUCACGGAUAUCAACUACGAGAACGGCUGGUACAUGUGGGAGGACACCAAGAACCUGACCGGUGCGCUCCACCCACCCGGCGUGGAGGUGUGGUGCAUGUACGGCAUGGGCCUUCCGACUCCGGUGACGUACAUUUACGACGAGGAGUUCCCCAACGCGGAUCCGGUGGACUACGUCUACGCCGACGGGGACGACACGGUGGACAGCUUCAGCAUGAGCCUGUGCAAACGCUGGGAGGGGCAGCAGGAGAAGCCCGUCCACGUCACCGAGUUCCGCGGGCUGGCCCACCUGGACAUAGUGUUCAACGAGCAGGUGCUCAACCAAAUCCAGCACAUCCUGGGGGGCAAAUCAGACACGCCCAGCGAGAUUGACGUCCGAUUUAAAAGGAGUAUUUAAAAGGAGUAAAACAAAAACAACAACAAAAACACAUUCCUGAUUAUUUAAACAGCUGACUUUUGAGUUUGUUUAUCUGUCAAGUGAAGAAACACAUUCCACAUACGUCAUUUAUUAGCAUGUCUGCUCUUUCAAGUUCUAAACCAGUCUGGGUCAGCAAUGGAUCUUUUAUUAUUUUAUUUUAAAUCAUGUUUUCAGUAUUUCCAAAGUGCCCACUCAUCCAAUGACACAUAUGUAUCAUAUUCCAUGGAUAUGAGAGUGUGACUUUAACGAAAAGGUUACAGGGGUCUCAGCAGUAUAGCCUCCUUCUUUUUUGUAUUAUAUAUGUAACUGUAUUGUUUCUAUUAGGAUUUAUAUAUUUGCUUCUGUAAGAACUAUGUUUGAGUACAAUAUCAUAUAACUCAUGUAGUUCAUAUAUACGCACAUUAAACUAGCGAUGUGAAUGUAAAGGCCACCUGUAUUUGAAUGUUUUCGCUUAUGAAUAAAGCAUCUAAUUUCACAAAAAGGU